AUGCAUAAUAUUUUAAAAUUAAUAGUGAUUCUUAUUACAGGAUCUUCUGUUACGAGCUACUCGAUCGGCAACUAUGGAAGUAGCGGCAGUUCCUUCGGUGGUUUAGGAAGUAGCCGCAAUAUACUCGGCGGUUCGGGGAGCAGCGGCAGUUCCUUCGGUGGUUUAGGAAGCAGCGGCAGUACAUUCAGUGGUUUUGGAAGUAGCGGCAGUUCUUUCGGUGGUUUAGGAAGUAGCCGCAAUAUUCUCGGUGGUUCGGGGAGCAGCGACAGUUCCUUUGGUGGUUUAGGAAGCAGCGGCAGUUCCUUCGGUAGUUUAGGAAGUAGCGGCGAUACAUUCGGUAGUAUUGGAAGUGGCAGUAGCCCUUUCAAUGGUUUAGGAAGUAGCGGCAAUGCAUUCGGUAGUGUUGAGAGUGGUGGCAAUACAUUAGGUGAUCUAGGAAAAGAAGUCAACUCAUUCAGAAAUCUUGGAAGUGGCAGCAGUCCAUUAGAUACUAUUGGGAAUGAAGGAAUGUCCAUGAGCAAUUUUGGACGUGGACGUGGUGACUUUAGUAAUGUGGAAAAAGGAAUCAACUCAUUUGGAAACCUUGGAGAUGGCAGCAACCCAUUGGGUAAUGUUGGAAUUAGAAUUAGACCAUUUGGUAACAUGGGAGGUGGACGCAAUUCAUUCGGUGACUUGGGGAUAGGGGGAAGUGUGUUUGGUGCUCCUGGACAAGGUUGGAAUUCAUAUCCUGACCUCAUACAGGAUAAAAGUAUAUCCAACAGUGCCAUUACACCAUCCCAACUUAAAGCAAUCAUGCCUCUUAACAAGCAUCCUGAGUACUUGACACACAUAAAUAACGCUCUCGUGGAAGGUAAUAUCAACACGCCCGCCCGUAAAGCUGCUUUUCUUGCUCAAUUGGCACACGAAAGCGGCCAAUUUCGCUACAUGAAAGAAAUAGGCAGUGGUAAAGCAUAUGAAGGUCGAAAGGAUUUGGGCAACAACCAGCCAGGUGACGGAAAACUCUUUAAAGGCCGAGGUCCCAUUCAAUUGACUGGCCGAGCAAAUUAUGCAGCUGCUGGUAAGGAUCUUGACUUAGAUUUAGUGAAUAAUCCAGAGCUGGUUGAGACACCUGAGGUCGGAUUUCGGACUAGUGUGUGGUUUUGGAACAAGCGUCAAUUAAACAAAUUGGCCGAUCGUAAUACCUUGAAAGACUUUCGAAAGAUUACGAAAAAGAUAAAUGGGGGCAAUAAUGGAUCUGCGGAUCGGGAAAAAUACUGGAAACAGGCCAGCAAGGUGUUCAAAGAACAAAAAGAAGAAGAAGAACUUGAACUGUAA